GAGAGAAAGGUCUUCCUUUUUUGCCGUUUGUUUACUCUCCAAUGGCCGCUGCAGUGUGCCGCGGCCGGUGCAUCGCGCUGAUCCGAAGCCAGGAGCCAGAGCUGAAUGUGGCGAGUGUCUGGAAUUCCAUUCUUACAUUACAAGUCAGCCGCGCUGCCCGGGAGUUUGGAGGAAUCGGCUUUGUCUAUCGUUUCCACAUUGAGGAUGUGAGGCAUCGGGUCGGAUCACAACCACGCAAUGCAUGUCUGUCUUAAGUUAAGUAUUGGUGUUACACAAAUGGCUCUCGUCUGGAAGCGGGAGUGGCAGGAGGAGGGAGGGAGUUCUGUAAAUUGCUGCGACCUCGCAACGAUGGCAGAGAGAAGCCGCGGCCGGAGCGGGGCCGCACUGCCCGCGGACCCCCGUCCGCGCCCACGGGAGCAGAGCGAGACGGGGCACUGGGGCACGGCUCGUGUGUUCACGGCCAGGUGUGCCGGCUCCAGGGCCUCUGCCUCAGCCCUGCUCUGGGGGACGCGCUCCACGCUGCACACGGGCACACAGUGUCCCCAAAACUCGGUCACCUCCGGUCGGCGGAGCUUCGCCGGCUCGGCCUGGCAGACUUUCUCUGAAUCCACCGAGGGAAAUAAAGUGCUCGGGGCGGUGGGCGGCCCGGGCUUCUCUCUGCUCUCACGCAGGAGCACGGGGGAGGGAUGCGCGGACAUGGGGGCUGGUGCAGGCCUCCCGGGCGCUGGCCAGCACCGGCACUGGCGCCCCUGGGAGUGUGCGGUGGUCGACACGGACUGCUCCCCGAUAGCCCACGCCAGCCUCACCCUUCCCACGGCGGGGGUGGGGUGGGGCAUCGGUGCCCAGCAGACAAGCCGCUGCCUCGCUAGCCGCAGCAACACAGAACUCGGCAUGCAGGCUGGAGAAGCACUGAGGAGCUCAAAGGCACCGCCUGAGGCCGGCCAGUGUCUAAAAGAAAGAGAGCGAGCCGCGAGAGGGGGGAGCACCUGAGCCUGGCCACGCCCGCCCCGGAAAGCCCAGUGUUGGAAGCAAA